AAUCAGCUUGCAUUCUCUAUCUUUACUGAAAAUUUUAUGUUAUUUGGUAAUUAUAAUUUUAUCAAGUUAAAUUUAUUUUCUCGACUAAAUUUAUAAUUAUAAAAGUUAUUUUUUUAAUGUUUUUAGAUAAUUUUGAUUUUUUAAUCUGAAAAAUAAUUUUUUAAAAAAUAAAAAAUAAUACCUAAAAAAUAAUACCUACGCACACACGAUCGCUAAACCUUUCUGGGCAGCACCGGCAGAAUAACAUGUGCGCAAGCGGGGAGUUGGGAAGAUAGCACGUUACUACUCGUAGGUCAGGCCAACCAAACCAAACCUCGCCAGGGAAUUCACAAGCCACUAGGUGCUGAAACUUGAAAGACCCACCAAAAAAAGAGAACCAUUUCUCAGCAGCAGCGAAGCCAGGCUAGGUAAGCAACUAAUAGAGUAUGCCAGAGGUCAAACCCAAAAACAGGAGGAGCAAAUCAACAGAUUACAGAUCCUCUGUCGUUGUCUCUCCGUACACCUCCUUAUCAUCGUUUCCUAGGUACUUACUUCCCAUAUAAAACCCGCUCUCAAAAAUUAACAACACAACCCCUUAUUUCCUUGUAUCUCUCCUUAGCUCUUCCUCUCCUAGGUUUCCCCUCCUGCUGCGAGAUUCCCUCCAGUUGCUCUAAAUAAAAUUAAAAACAAAGAAUGAAUAUAAAAUCAAACUGCUCCCCGUUGGACCUGCUUAUUGUUAAUAUAGCACUUGCUUGCAUCGAUGGUGCUCUUGCUUGUAUUGCAUUUUCUCAGUUUACAAGGAUCCAUCUGCGAAAUCAACAAACUGGAUGGACACGCCAGAAAGUACUCCAUCUCAUGGUUGCCUCUUGCAACUUGGGUUACUUCAUCUACUUUAUAUCUACAGUUAUUGCUACUUGUGAUAGGUGGCCUUGCUGGUCUCAUGCAUGUGGUUUUGUCCUCAUGGCAUUUCCCAAAAUUCUGUUCCUUGCAGCGUUUCUGCUUCUUCUAUCUUUCUGGGUCGACCUUUGCCAUCAGGCAAAUGAAGAAGAUGACGACGAAGAAGAACAUAGCUCUCAACAGCCUUUGUUGGAAAGUUCAAAGAAUAAACCUGGUUCAACGAACACAGAUAAUUUCUGGAGUUGCUGCUCAUUCCGAGGCAUUCAUGUUGGUGGUCGUCAGAAAUUUGUUAUCACAGUUGUCGUGUUGAUCUUUUUCUUAAUGCUGUCGUUUGCUGUGAUAAUCUGGAUUGGAGUGGGAAAGAAUCCAAUUUGUUCUUCAGUAGCUGCCCGGGUCUAUGUAGAUUUUUUGGCCUCUGCAAUCCUCAUAUUGGGAGGGGCUUUAGGCUGCUAUGGUCUUCUCCUAUUUCUUAAAUUGAGGAAUGUAAGGUCUGAGACAGCUUCAUCUGAGAUGCGGAAGGUUGCUGGUCUGGCAGUUGUCUCUGUUGUAUGUUUUACGUCAAGUGCUGCAGUGGCUCUUCUUACAGAUGUACCUCUUCUAUAUGAUUGGAGUAUGGAGAAUAAAAAUGAAGCAAAAACACUAGUUCUUCUAGUUUUUUACUAUUUUAUAGGUUCGUCUGUGCCCUCAGCCUUUGUAUUAUGGGCCAUGAGAGAAUUGCCAACCCCAGUUACAAUUACACAAGCACAAUCAAGAGCAGUAACUUUUUUUUGUUAUGGGGCAGAUGGAACACAAAAUCCUCGGCACUGGGUUGCUGCUACAACUUCAAAUAAUCAGGUGUCAAAAGCAAGUCCAAUAUAAGCAUCAUUAUCAUAUUCUGUGCUAAAGAAUGCGGAAAGUAUAGAAAGCUGUAUUUGUUACGGGUGGAAGUCCAAUUGUGCAAUAUGACGAGCCAGCAGCUUCCUUACUCUUCACGUUGAAAUUUCUUACACUCUUGGUUGGGUAUCAAAUUUUGACAUCAAUGAUUGUACAUAACUUUUAAUAUAGCAAGCGAGACUAACGUUUUGGUUAACGAGAAUUUCCACUUUCUUACCAUCUCCUUUGAAAACUCGCCAUGGAAGGUCUAUAUGAAAAGAUUUUUGCCAAUA